AUGAAUAACACCAACACCAACAACUAUAAUGAAAAUAACAAUCAUGUUUACAAUGAUGAUCAUGAAGCAAAUGUCAAGAAGCUUGAGAUUUCUCACAUGACACAAAUGAGAGAACAUGCUUUGUUUAUGUUCACGCUUUUCUCUCAAGUUUAUAUUACAACAAAGCUGACCUAUCGUCACUCUUACCUUCACAAUGGAACUGGUGUCAACAGCUUCCAGGCUCAUUACAGAGUCAACAGAGAGACAUUUAAUAUAAUUGUAAAUGUUCUCAAAGAAGACUCUGAGUAUAAGACAUCAGAAGAAAGAAACGAGGUUGCUGUUGUGCUUUGGCAUCUCAGUAAUAUGCACUUUGGGUACAGAAUGGCUUCAGAACUUCUCAGUGUCAGUCAAGAAUCCUACAACUGGUUUACAAAUGGAUUUGUAAAUAGUAUCAUCCAAAGCUUUAUGAAGACCGCAAUAAGAUGGCCAAAAACACUUCAGGAAAGCCAGAAAAUUAUGGAGAGAUUUGCAGUUCCUUCAGUCUGGUCAGAACAUCAGUAUUUGAACAACUAUAUUAAUUACAAAGAAUUCUGCAACAUCACCGCACUGCUGGACAAAGGAGAUUCUGUUUACCGUGGAUAA